CGCCGGCGACCUCACCUCGCCGCCCCGUCUGCCGGCGAUUCGAGCGGUGGAGAGAGAGGAGAAGACACGAUGGAUCCAGGUGCUGAGAUUCCCCAAGGCCACGGGGCCGAUCCCAUUACCGGACCGUUGUGUGUGGACGACAGGAGGCUGCGGUGUUCCGUGCCGCAGGCCGGCCCUAUGUCCAAGGUGCUUGACGACGACAACCUCCUAAUCGAGAUCCUUGUCCGCCUCCCGCCGAAGCCAUCCUCGCUGCCCCGCGCAUCCGCUGUAUGCAAGUGCUGGGGCAGCAUCCUCUGUGACUCCGUGUUUCUCAAACUCUUCCGCAAGCACCACCGGAAACCUCCUCUGCUCGGCUUCUUCAACGGGUUUGCUAACCGCUUUGCUCCCAUCAUGGACUCGCCCGACCGCAUCCGUGCUGCUUGCUUCUCCAUGCCCAAGAGAAGCACACCAUACAAGGACUACGGAGAAUACAUGGGCUGCCGCCACGGUCUCGCUGUUGUAAUUAACAAGCAUGAGCGUACUACCAUCGUGUGGGACCCCCUCACUGGCCAACAACAUACCGUGCCUUUUCCACAAGGGCUCGAUGAUGCCUUUAUGGGGAGUUUAUGUGCCUGGCAUGGCGCGGUAUUGUGCAUUGAUGCUGAAUAUGGGCAUGUCCAUGGAGAUUGCUUGUCGAGCCCGUUUAAAUUGGUUUUGGUCUGCACUGGAUUUUCUAAUACAGACGCAUUUUGUUCUCUCUACGACUCGGCUUCUGGUGUUUGGGGAAAUAUUUUCUCGACGACGAUAACAACUGAAAUUUCUAGGUUAAGGCCCAGCAUCCUAGUCGGGAAUGCGUUUUGCUGGCUGGUUUCUAAUGGUGAAGUCCUUGUGUUUGAUUUUGAAAUUCAGAGCCUUCAUGUGAUUGAGAAGCCGUCAGACAACUAUGUUACCGACGGUUGUUUUCAGCUCUUACGGAUGGAGGAUGGUGGACUUGGCCUCGCUGUUUUGUCGGACUACACCAUCCAAUUAUGGGAGAGGAAAUCUAACUGUGAUGGUAUUGCCGGAUGGGUGUUGCUGCAGAAAAGCAUUCCGUUGGAGGGAAUAUUUUCAAGGAGAAUGGAUCCUCCUGUCUGUUUCGUCGGGUAUGAUGAGGAGACAAAUGUGAUUGUUUUCGCUACGAUGGUUGGCAACUUCACACUCCAACUUGACUCAAUGCAGCUCAAACAUAUUGUUAAAAGAAAAUUCAUAUGUUGCGAUACCUUUUAUCCCUACACAAAUUUCUAUACUGCAGGCAGGGGAGUUGGGUUGAAAGGGGUGAAUUUGGAACUGUGAACAGAACACAUUAGAUCUGCCAACGUGCUAUCUUGGUCGAACAACUUAGGUAUUAAGAGUUAAGGUUGUUGAGACACAGCCAUGGCGCAGGGAAGUCUCUUCUAUUUUGCUGAGACACAGCCAUGCCUAGUUGAUGCUCAAAUUGUCCUGCUAUGUAGUCUCUAGUUUCUUCUAUUUUGCACGUCAUGUCAUGUGAUGUGGUUGAUGCUGAGAUUGCUCUUCCAUGUAGUAUGUAGGCCGUUCUACUUUUAUGUACCUGUCCUGUGAAGUGGACUUAUUGGAUUUAAUCGUGUGAUGUGAGGGUGGUUAGUGGCUCGUAGAGUUGCUUGGAUUAAUGCUUGACCCUGUGAUGUGAGGUACUAGUAAGGUGGAUGGGCAAGAAGGAAUAGGCUCCGGCACUUUACACAUGCUCUUUCUGAAUAAGUCUCCGUAGUGAUCUAAUGGUGGGGAAGACAAUGCUUGUACAUGCGCCCAGGUGCUGCCUACUUCGAAGGAACAAAGACAUGUACAGUCUCACCUUCAUUGUUCGGUUGCUACAUACUCCCUCCGCCCAUAAGUAUUUGUGCUAGUCCGUUUGAGCGACAAGUAAUUCCGGACGGAGGGAGUACAUACGAUCCUUUAGCACCUGACAUUUCUUUUCCUUACUUUGGUCUUUCUUGGAGGAGACAAGUCAAAACAUUGUUCUAAUUAGAAAGGAAACUAAGGGUUUUGAUGCUUUUUGGGUCCAAA